CUCUCUCCCUCGCUCUCGCUCUCUCUCGGCGCAUCCCGAAGGAAAUAGAUGAGCUUCGGGUCAGGCGGCGGCUUUGGGUCUGGUGGUGGCUUUGGCGGUGCCGGUGGGAGGGGAGGAGCUGCACCCUGUAUCUACUUCCAGCGGGGCUCGUGCAAGUACGGGGACAACUGCCGUUACGACCACGACCUGAGCAACACAAGCGCGAGCAGAAACGGCGGUGGCGGCGGCGGCGGCCCCGGCGCAUCAGAUGCUUCCGGGUGGGCCAAAGCUGGUUUCGGAAGCGGAGGCUUCGGUGGAGCUCCUCCUACCGGGAACGGCGGCAACCAGGGCCAACCCGCCCAAAGUCGUGGCGGGGGCUUCGGCACAGGUGGGGGUUUCGGGACCGGAGGCGGCUUUGCCACGGGCACGGGGUUCGGCGGUGGGGGGGGAGACGCAGCGGGGGGGGCAAAAGCUGGUUUCGGGGGCGGGGGCUUCGGUGGGGGGUCUGCGGUAGGGAACAACCCGAGCCAGCCCGCGGGAGACGCAGCGGGAUGGGCAAAAGCUGGUUUCGGGGGCGGGGGCUUCGGUGGGGGGCCUUCAGCCGGGAGCAAGCAGAGCCAGCCCCCGCCGCAAGGUAGUACAGGGGGCUUCGGCGCGGGUGGGGGCUUUGCUGCAGGCGCGGGGUUCGGCUCGUUCGGUCCUGGGUUUGGCUCCAACGGGGGUGGGGUCGGUGGUGGGAUAGGCUCACGGGAAGGUGGGGCAAGGGCCGGCGGAUCCAGCGACACGCGCUUCGGCAACAACGGCUUCGGCCCCACGGGCAGCGGCUUCCGUUCCUCGGCAGGCACCGUACCACCAGAGGUGGUGAAAAGAUGGCACACAGACGAAGACGUCAUCAGCCCCGCAGACUUGAGGGCACACGAGGCGCCGGCGUUUACAACCGGCAGGAUUCCUGUGGACCCGCCGCCGCGCCGUUUCUGUGAAUAGAAUAUGAACCUCCUCUCGGUCAGCUGUACAUUUUGGUUUGGGUUGAAGAGGAAUAUUGUGGUUGGUUGCCUUUGUUUUACGAUACAGCCAGGCAGAAAAAGACAAGGCGACGGCCUUUCUUAGUUGCUGUCCCGGUGAUGUGGGGUGUAGACUAAAUAUAGUCAAACGAGGCAGUUUGCAACAUGGCAACACUUGCGGCUAGUUGGGCGUGUUGUGUAGCGCUUCGAGCGUCGGCCGCCCGGCCGGUCGAACGGCAACGCUUUACAGUAGUCCCGUUUCCGGCAUGCGUCGCUGAACAUUCACGGUCAGGACUUCACGGAGGCCUACUUGUACUUGUAUCUUGGGUUGGCAUUUUCAUUGGUGGUUAUCUUUCGUCUUUUCUCUAAAGAAAUUAGGCCGUUUCCGGCCGGCCCCAGAUGCUAUGUGAGGUAGACAUAAGCAUGUGUCCUGCAACGGGUAUGUAGGAGUCCGUUUUGCAGUCCUGUUGAGUUCCAAGUGCAUUUCGUGUUAUGUAGAUCAACCGUGAAUGACGCAAGAUACCACACCCCCUGGAGUGAUUUUCGAAGCGCGAUUACGCCACGACGAAGAGGAUGCACAAAUGAAACGAUGCGUUUUCGGAAAGCUCU